AUGAUUCACAAUAUUUCUAGGGCAGUCCGUGGCUCUCUUUCGUCGUGUCCUUCCCCUGCACUGCUCACACCGACGCUGGCACGCAUCUCAGCGAAGUGUCGCUUCAAGACCACCAAAUCAGGCGAGGAGGGACAGUUCAAGGCUGUGGCGGCCUCUCAGUCUGCCCAUGAGCCCAGGCAAGCAAGCUAUGAGAAGAGGUCGAAGCCUCCGCACGAGGCUGCCCGGCCUGAAGUCCAGCGGCAGAUGCCGACGCAGCCGAAGCACGAGAAUGUGCCCGCGUCGGAGAAGAAGAACGUGACCAAGAACUCGUCAUGA